AUGUCAUUCGAUUCAAAUUACCCACCAAAUAAUUCCACUCAUAGUUCCUCGCAUGGAUUGUUAACAAAACCUCAAUCAGCAACAGCUUUGCAGAAGGCAUCACAGAAAAUGAAUAAUUCAUUGAAGUCCCCUGAUGUGUUUGAUGAUCAAAAGAAAAGAAAAUAUCGUUCUUCAGCAACAGGCAGUUUAUCAUUGCAAAGCAAAGGAAGUAUCCAGAAUAGCAAGAAAAUCACUCGAAGGCCACAUUCAACUGAUGUCGUUAAAUCACCACAAGCAGUCAGUAGUGGUAGUAAUGGUAGAAAAAGUGAUCGCAUGACAUCAAUAACGCAGCGCCCUUCAAUUGUUUCAACAACUAAAUUACCUUCUAUAUCGUCUAACUCACAGUCAAUUAUAUUAUUUUGUAUGGAAAAUGCCCGAUCAGAUAUAGCAUUGAGAAUCGUUCAACGAAUGGCACAUAAGCGUGAUGAUUUCGCGCAAUUUUAUGCAAAUUUAAGCAAUGAACAGUCCAAUGAGUUGGUUAUGUCUGUAAAAAAAUUUCUUAAUGAUAUCGUACGAAAUAUGUCAAAUUCAGAAAAGAUCAGAGAAAUAUCAAAUAGAUAUGGCAUUGAGCAAGCACAUAAGCGCAGUUGGGGUUUCAAAGCUGAUUUCUUUGCUGUUUUAGCUGAUGCGCUAACAACCGAAUGUGUUUUUCUGGAUGGUGCCGCUCAUCAGCCAACGGAAACAAUCGAAGCUUGGGCGACGUUAGCUGAAUUAAUGUUUACAAAUGUACGUGAUGGCUAUUAUAUGGAGACUCGACAACUACGCCGCAGCUGGUACAAUUUUCAUAGGCAAUCAAAUCUGAGUAGUCAUUCGGAUCAAAGUCUCGAUGGCGAUUGGCUUCAACCGCUAUCCUCAUCAAAUCAUAUGUUCACCACAGUAUAA